AUGCAAAGACAACAACAGAGAGCAUCCUCAUCACAAAAUGUUUCUCAACAUCAGCAAUCUCUUGAACAACAACAAAAUUCUCAAGAAGAGGAUGAUUUAGAAUCGGUCAGAUUAUCACAAGCUGACGAAUUAUCGCCACCAUCAUCACCCGAACCUGAAACUCCUUUUCAAAAUCGAAGAAGGAGAGAACGAGAACGUUCUUUAUCAUCUAAUGAUGAAGAAGAACAAUCAGUAGUAGAUGAACAAGACAAUACUUCAGUAACUCCCAACAUAAAUGCUCAUCAAAGUCCCUAUGUAACAUCAAAUGCUCGGAGGAGAGAUUUAAUGUACUCUAAUCGAUACUCUCCACAAACACCAGGACAAAAGAAGAAGGCUUUGGAAAAUAAAUUGAAAAGGGAUUUUCCAGAAGACUUUAGAGAAAUGAAUAGAAGAGAGGAGGAACGAAAAAAGAAACGAGAAUUUUGUCCAGAUAGCUGUGGCUCGAUUGCUGGAUUUCAAUUUACAAAUCCUGGUUUACUCAUGUUGGGACAGUCAGCACUACAUAGAUCGGGAGCAAUCAGUUCAUUGAGUACGAUUGAUCCUGCCUUCCUGGCACUGCAUAGUCCCGAGAAGAGAAUUGAAAUUUUGAAUAGUGUGGUUGCAAAACCUCCUCCACUUCCUCCAAAGGAACCAAAAACAGAGGCCGAUAUACUGAGGGAGUUUCUUAAAAAGAAGAGAACUGAAUUGGCAAAACAGGACAAGGUUCAACCUAGAUUGAUCAUGGCAGAUGAUACUAUCGAUCUGAUUGUCAUGUGUAGAGAAUCAAUGUGUAUGGGACAUGAACUAGUUGAGAAAAUUAAGGAAAAACAUCAACAGACGAUUGUUAAUUAUGUACGAGCAUUUGUGAAAAAGAAACAUCAACAGCAUGAAACUGCAGAUGAUAAUGUAAAUAGCAACCAUUUAGAUUUGAAUGUCAAUUCCUCUCACUUGAAUGAAACGAGUCAAUCAGCAUGUUUGGAAAAUAGUAACAACAAUAACACAUUGAAUGAGAUUUCCCAACUGAAUCAUUCUAUUGCAUCUUCAACAUCUUCUCAAACUGUUGUUACAGAGCCAGUUACUCCUGCCAAACAAAGUGUUUCCUUAAAAACUCCAACAGCAAGUAAUUCAAAGAAAACACCAGUUCAAAAAGAGGUUAUCGAACUUGAUUCUAGUGAUUCUGAUGAUGAUGAUGGAAUUAUCCAAAUUGAUUAA